AUGGUUUAUGAUGAUGCUUCAGGAUCACAGGCUGGUUCGCAGAAGUGGAGAUUCCAGUCUUUGAGGUCCAUUUAUCAGGACCUAAAAAAGAAUUGGUGGCCGUCUGGACCUGCACCAGAUGAAGAGGCGCCCGCUGACCAUUCCGAGGAGUUUUCUGUGUGGCGCUGUUGCCCUCGACGGUUUCAACCGACAGGCCAAGAAGAGCCAGCAAGCCCAGGACAUUCACCUCGGCAGGGCAAAAGAGGAUCUUUCCCUGCUUCGAGUAGCUUCUGCAGCGCACCAUCUCACCAUUCCUCGGCUUCUGUUGGUGGUGACGAUCUUCUACCCCAGCCGCAGUUUAAUCCAGAAGAAUUUCUUCGGCAUGAAUGUCAAUCAGACCUGGUAGACAGGUUCUUGCAAGAUUACCGCAAACUGGCUGCGUACGAGGCUGCCGCAACUGCAUCUGUCCGCACGGAGGAAGGCGUUCUUCCGCGAGAGGUAACUGUGCAGUCAUUUCCAAGCCAGUCAGUGGCCCGCUCUGAAUCUGGCAUUCUGCAGCGUUCUCCCUCUGCGAUGGAGGUCCAGGUGUCCGGCGACAGCGAUCAUGCGCAGGACCCCGAUCCAGCGUCCGUUUCUGUGAAAGUUAAGGUCGCUGGGCGGACAAAAUCCGCGGAAGAAGAUGAUGACGAAGUAGCUGGUGUUGCGAGUGUCACAGAGGCGAGCCAGUCCCCGGCUUCUGAGAUUGAUGCAGGUUCGAUGGGCCAGCGAGCUGAAGCGCCAGAGGUGCCUGCAGAGGCAAACCCAGAGAGAACAACAUCCAUGCCCGGCGUCCAAAGCGACGAGCAGUCCCCAAGGACUUGGGCAUCGAAGGAAGCUCCGAGUGACAGCGCACAAAGUCCUGAGCUGUCGCAGCCGCCGAAAGAAACCAGCAGAGGGGCAGCUGGAAGCAGACCCGGAGGUCUUCGCGUAAAGUCAGAGCCCCUCAGACCAUUGCUGGAAGUGGAAGAACAAGGCUCUAGCACCUUGAUAAGCCAGCCAGUGGCCCUUUCAGCCCUACAGACAAGACCGAAGUCGCCCACAGCGAAGCAGAAGCAUCUGGUCUUCAUGGUCGACGGGGAGGAGCUUCAAAUCCUUGGGGUUGAUACGCGGGACUCCAGCGUCCCUCCAGAGGAAAGUCCGAGCAGAAACCGACCUGCCGCGGGCGCUGGCCCUCUACCCCCUCCGGAGGACAAAGUCAGUGAAAGCAACUCUGGCCCGACCGGCGAGGGAGGCGUAGAUGCUCAACGAAGCAAUUCCGAAUCCUGUGAGAAGGAUGUUCUGAUUCAGUUGGUCGACGAGGACCCAGUAGGACGACAUCAACCGGUGAAGAGGUCCUCGCCUCCAGAAAAGCGUUGUGAGGACUUGCCUCCUUCCAGGCAUAUCCAAGGCGAUGAAGAGGCACUAGCCGCUCUGGAGGUGGCAUCAUGGCCUCCGACGGCCCCGACCUGCACGAAGGAGCCAGAUGCUCAUGAGGCGAUUUCACCGACUUCCGAGGAGAUGACGCCUUUGCCAUCACCUCCAGCUGCUCCUGCCACGCCUCUGCCAGUGACACCUCUUCCUGCUCCGGUUACACCGGUUACACCGGUACCGGCUGUCAGCCCCGGUCCUUCCAGAAGCAGGAUUGCUGGAGCCGCAGCGGCCGCAGCACGCGCUGCGGCCGGAGCACGGCAUGCAAUGGCCGCUGCCGGGCGGGUGUCAACUGCGACCGGAGGAGCGGCUUUGGCCACCUUGGUAAGUCCAGAGGUGUCAUCAGGAGGAACAACGGACCGCAGAAAUUCGGUGUUUAGCGGUCGCUUCAUGCCCCUAUCACUGUGGGCACAAGCAGAGAGCACUACACCGCCAGUUUCGGGUCCUGGUUCCCCUGAACGUGCCAAGUACGACGCGAAGACAGAUCUGGAGGCUACGAAGCCUGACCAGGAUGCAGGUGCAGCAGGUGGAGCUUCGGCCGAGUGCGCAAGCAGCUGCGACGUAAGAUCGGAGACGAAGCCAGACGGUGUGGAUCAUCCUACAGAGGUAAACUCCCUCCCUACACCGCCUAUGGCCCCGGCAGAGCAAAGAGUGUUUGCCAGGGGUGCAUCAGCCCCGCCAGAUCCUUGUCGGGCUAAAGGUGAUUCUGCAGAGGCUGAUGCAACUCCGAUGCCUCGUCCGGCGUCCGCUGAAGCCAUGGCCCCUCUCGAACGUGGGCGGUUGCCUUCCGGCUCUGGGUCGUCUCCGCACGCAAAGGAGGAAUGGACGGGCACUCCAUACACCAGUCCUCGCACUCCAGUGCGGGGUCGGCGAGGUGCGCCACCAUCAUCCGCGGCAUCAUUGUGCAGCCCGUUGUCUCCAUCCAGCAUGUCUGACUCCAAUGAACCUGAUCACAGCCCGGCACGAUUCGAUGUUCCCCAAAUGACGCAGGUGCUGUCACAGUCCUCCUAUCCAUCGCCUAGUACACACACUCACACCGAGGUUGCUGAUGAGACGGAGGUGUUGGAGGAUAUCCUCAUCCCAGCUCCAUUUGCAGAUCACGAGGAGCGGGUCUCGACUGUUCCUAGCGCUGCGACGGACACCUGCCCCAGUGAUAAACAGGAAGCUUGGCGCGAAUUACCGUCGAUCUCUGAGGAUGCCAGAGCACUCCCGCAAGUUGGCGCAGAGUGCAGGAAUGUGAAAGUGGACUCUGCGGUUCCCUUCGCUGGCAAUGAGAGCUCCGCCUUUGUAUCGAUGCCACAGAAUGCGCAAGGAACCAAAGAAGAGGAUGUGCUUCAUGGCGCGACAAACGUUCCAGCAAGCAAUCUCGGCGAGGAUGAGGUCAACUUGCAGCUUCCGGCACCUGGCGGAGACGCAUCGACCCCCACAACAGUGGAAGAGUGCCAGAAGGAUCCACCAGGCCUGUCGCGUGAGGAGUCGGCAGAACGGGACCAUUGCGCAUUGGAGGAGGCUGCCGCAAGCACGGUAUCUACCUGUGUUGGCAUUGAAGCAGUCAAGCCAAGAUGCACUUCCGGGCGCGAUGACAAGCAGCUGGAGCUGGAGCCAGCAAGGAGAGAUUCCGAGUUAAUCUUGCCAGAAGAGGAGGCAAUGCCGAGAGAGACCUCGGGAACCUCCGGACCCUGUUUUGGUAAGAAGCACUUUGUGAUUGCAGCCGGGAGCGUGUGCUCCUCUGAUCCAGAUGCGAUGUCGACCACCCCCGGUCCCCUUGAUGAUCAUGAUUCCGACUGGCCAUUCGCGAGGAUGUGCUAUGAAGGACCUGAUGCCGGUGCCGGCAAAUUGUACAUACAUCAACGCCUUCGGCGGUCGCAAGCUCGCGGUAAGAAGCGUCCGAGUACCUACAAGGAUGAGGUUGACUGCCUCCGACUUCAGGCUGGGCUGGAUGUAGACCCUGCCUACUGA